CUGAGUCGUGAUGAGGAGGUAAACCGGCGGUGGUAAAUACAGAGGAAGGGAAAAAGGAGAGCAGUAAAUCCGCCCUGCUGGGAGACUUAAAACUCGACGUCCACACUGACUCCCGCACCGGAGACUCCUAAGGCAGAGGGUCGAGAUGCUGCUUGCAGCAGCGAGGAGAAGGAUAAGACGACGCCAGUGAGAUCCGUGACAUCCUCCGCUCAAGCGAUCAUCACAUCAGCAUCCGGAGAGGGGAUUCGGGCUUUUAGCCGUUCUGUCUGUCUGCCGUCAACUGUUGCUUAUUUCCUCUGUAAAUGAAUCUUGUAAGGUUUAUGAACAACCGUGUUCCUUCUAACAAGAGAUACCAGCCCACAGAGUAUGAGCAUGCUGCCAACUGUGCCACCCAUGCAUUGUGGAUAAUCCCCAGUGUUCUGGGCAGCUCAGUGUUGCACUUCCAUUCAGAGGACCGAUGGGAGCAACUGUCAGCCUGGGUGUACGGGGCAGGGCUCAGCUCGCUCUUCAUCAUCUCCACCCUGUUCCACACUGUGGCCUGGAAGAAGAGCCACCUACGGUCAGUGGAGCAGUGUUUCCACAUGUGUGACAGGAUGGUGAUCUACUUCUUCAUUGCUGCCUCUUAUGCCCCUUGGUUGAACCUGCGGGAGCUGGGUCCAUGGGCGUCUCACAUGCGCUGGCUGGUGUGGGUCAUGGCCUCUUUUGGGACCACCUAUGUCUUUUUCUUCCACGAGAGGUAUAAGCUCAUGGAGUUGAUCUGCUACACGGUGAUGGGAGUUUUUCCUGCUCUGGUCAUCUUCUCCAUGCCGGAGCAGUCUGGGUUGUACGAGCUGCUGGCCGGCGGAGCCUGUUACUGUCUCGGUAUUGUCUUCUUCAAAAGUGACGGCAUCGUCCCAUUCGCUCAUGCCAUUUGGCACCUGUUUGUAGCUAUGGGAGCAGCUAUACAUUACUACGCCAUCUGGAAGUACCUCUAUGUCCAGGCACCCAAUCAGGUCCAGACCUCCAGGAGCUGCCUCCUGUGGAGGCUUCCAGGGAGAAGGUGCUCCAUCUCACCACACAGUGCAUUACCUCACUGAGACGAAAGCGUUGCACUCAGGUGAUCCUCAUCAACUCAGAAAGUCAAACAAUUGCCCUUGUCAACAUUUUUCCCUCAAGCAACCGCCCAACCUGUAAAAGCCACUCAGUCGGAUUACAAUUUCAGUGGCGAUAAUAACAUGCCUCCAAUUUCUCAUUUGAAUGUUAUGUAUUUAACUUAAAUGAAAUCAAAAAGAGUGAAACUGUGUGGGUCAUAUUCUGGAGCCCGGUGAUUGUAGCUCCACCUUUAGCAAUAACUUUAAGUUUAGUCAUUUCCUGUAAGACUUAAUCAGUCUCUUACAGCCAGUUUACAAACAACCAGCAGCAUUAAAGGAGAUGGAGUGGGGGAGAAACAAGUAAAUAGAAAAGAACAAAAAUGUUUCCUGCUUUUUUAACGCUGGACCUCUUCAUUGGCGUAAUAUGACAACGAGGCCUGAACCGACUCGUGGGUCCAUCUAUUGUUUUUUUCUUGUAAUUUCAAUCUUCAUCAAAUGUACUUGGAGUAAAAUGUUUCUGGUCCAAACGGUUCAAAUGAGUUGUGUUCACUUGAUUUAUGAGAUCAGGGUGGACAGUGUUUGUGGUGAGUUUGAAGUUGAUGUGACAAAGUUUAGCAGUGAGAGGGCUGAACAUAAUUUAGAAAUUGUGCAG